AUGUACAACAGCAACGACGAUGAGGAGGAGAACUACUCGAGGAACAGAAGAAGCAACUCGUCAGACAGUGGCAACGGGGAGGGAAACGGGAUGCUAAACGACCAGAUAAACACCUACAGCCAUUAUAACAACUUCAAUCGCUUUCACGAGCAAAACAUGCAAGCGUGCAAAAUUGACGAAAUAUACGUAGACGAUAGUUAUGACGAAAAUAAUAGCUACAGUCAGAAAGGAGAGAAGGUAGGGGAGAACAACCAUUUUGAAGCAAGCAAAAAUGUAAGUUUCGAUGGACCGUAUAGCCAUAAAAAUCUGAGGGAAGUUACAGAAAAUGAAAUUGAGUUAGUAGUAGAUAACUUUUUCGAUCGAAUUAGAAACAAUGAGGAUGUGUAUUCCGAAUGGAAAGUAUGCCCCAAUUUUAUCUUUCGCCUUUUAUUUAUUGCAAAGUCAAGGUCAAAUAAUUAUAUGUACCCUGUGGCUUCUUCCUUCAUUGAGGCCAUCGCGAAGAAUGACUGGGUGCCCGAUUGGGGAUUCAGCAGUGUGCAAUAUUAUAUAAUUUUAAUUAACCUAGCGGAUUAUAGAAAAUCAUAUUACAAAAUUGAUCACUUUAGUUUUUCUCAUUUGAAUACGGACCGAGGUUGGCACAAUUUUGUUCCCUUCGAAAAGUUAAGGGAACCAGGAUUUAUUAACGAAAAUGGGCAGAUCGUUUUAAGGGCCGGCGUCUUCCCUUUCGGCUCAGAAUCUUUUAAAAACAGUAGAGAUAUUAAUUAUGAUAGUAAGUCUAGAACAGGCUUUGUUGGUUUGAAAAACCAUGGGGCGACCUGCUACAUGAAUGCCCUGCUGCAACUCCUGUACCAUAUUAACAUUUUUCGGAAGGCUGUUUGUAUGAUGAUUUUUAACAUAGAAAAUAUCAUUGGGGAGAAAACGUUGGAGUUUUUUAAAAAAAAAUUUGAGAAAAAAAAGCGCAGGAAAAAGUGCCUCCCUGGUGACAAUAGUGGCGCCAACCAGGUGGGUGUCAGCGUUGGCGGCCACGGGGUGGACUCGAGGAAGACGAACCGGAAAAAGAAAAAGACAAAGUUGGAACGGGUAGACAGCUCCGACUCGGAGCGCUUCAAGGGGGCCUCCCCCAUGAGGAUGGUGCCCUACACGCCCAGCGACAACAACGGGGAGGGGGAGCAGCAUGGGGAGCAGCAUGGGGAGCAGCAUGGGGAGCAGCAUCGGGAGCAGCAUCGGGAGCAGCAUCGGGAGCAGCAUCGGGAGCAGCAGUAUGGGGAUCACCCGGAUGUGGAUCGGCAUGAUACGCGAAGGCAAAGCGGGCCCUUUGGCGAACCGGAACUCAUCGCGGACCCUGAUGAACCCGAGUUGUUCCAAAUGGAAAAACAGAACAGCAACAUCCGAGCAAAGAAGGACGUGAAAAAUUCCGACCUGCGGAUGAAUCACCUAAGCAGGAGCGACGACAACGAUAAUGGGAGCAGCACGAAUGGUCAGCUUAGACACCCGAAUGAAGAACCGUUGGGGGCUCCUCACAAUGCAGCCUUAGGGGGUGGGUCCCCCCUGAUGGAACGGCCAUAUGAUCACCCCCAUCAGCUGCAAGCGGAUAAUUUAGAAAACGUGAAGGAGAAAAAAACGAUCAGCGAGUACCAGCAGAUGUAUGCCCCCCAUGAAGAGGUAAGCAACAACGAUGGGGAAGAAGCACAGGAAGGGGCAGCGUACCGACCCAACACCGUUGUGAACAUUGGCCGAAUCAGCAGCAACGACAUUGCAAAAAUGGGUAACAUUCCGAGCGUCAGCCCCCACGAGUACGAAAUAAAGAACAAUAAGAAGCAUGCCUAUGUGCACAAUUCGUCGUCCGACCCGUCCAUAGACACAGGAGGGAUGCAAAAUAAUGUAAGCAACAACGAUAGCGGGGAGGUGUAUUAUGAUAACUCGCUGUACAAAAGUGAAGGGUACAACAACGAAAUGGUGAUGACAGUGAACUGUAAGAAGAACAAAAAGAAAGGUAUGGUCUACGAAUCGAAGAAGAAUUUAAAAAAAAAAAAAAAAAUCUUCAAAUAUGCAAAUGAGAGAAAGGUGGAGCAGACCGAAAAUAACGACCAUGUGAUGUCUCCCCUGAGCUCGUCUGAUAACCUGUCCAACAUUUCGACCCUCUCCAAGGAGAAGAAGAAAAAGAAGUUCGCUUCGAACAGCAACUUUCAUGAAACGGUAAGUGGUAAUGUGAAGAAGGAAAAUGACAACUCGGUCAAUAAUGCCGUGGGCCACUCCGAGGGGGAAGAGGGCCCCGUGCCGCGCGAUGGGGGCCCCUCCCCCCCCCUGGGUGGUCACCACGUGAAUAGCCACCUGAAUAGCCACCUGAAUAGCCACGUGGAUGGGAGCGCCGGUGAAGACUCCGGUGCAGAUGACCACCCCAAUGAGAGGGGUGAGAGGGGCACCGCCCUGGGAGGGGGAGACGAAGAGGGCUCCUACUCAGACAGCGACAUGUCGGUCCUGUCUAUCACCUCGUCCGGGUCGUCCUCCUACGUGUCCUGCUCCUCGGCCUCCUCCUCGUACUACCACAAAAAUAAGAGGAAAACAAAAUAUGACAAGUCGAAAGAGGUGGAUUAUAAGAACAUCCUCCUGGAGGAAGAAAACGAAAAGAAGAACAUCCUCCCCACAUCCUUAGCGUUGCAGAAUUUGUUUUACAAACUGCAUUGCAUGAAUGAAGCGGUGUCUUGUAAGGAGCUGAUAAGAUCCUUUGGGUGGGACGCAAGCGACGUGUUCACGCAGCAAGACACACACGAGUUACUAAAGUUGCUACUAGACAAAGUGGAAGAACAAAUGAAAGGAACGGUAGUCGAAGGGUCAGUCAAAAAAAUGUUCGAAGGGGAAGUAGAAACGUAUAUAGAAUGCCUAGACAUAGAUUACAAAAGUGUGAGAAAAGAGACCUACGAAGAUAUCCAGCUGGACGUACAAGGCUGCAACAAUAUUUAUGAAUCGCUCGACAAAGCAAUCGAAGCGGAAGUGUUAGAGGGAGACAACAUUUACGAAACGGAUGGGUAUGGAAAGCAGAAGGCAAAAAAAGGAAUGCGCUUUUUAAGCUUCCCCAACAUUUGCAUAUUUCUCCUGAAAAGAUUUACAUUCGAUCUGCAACGAAUGGAAACGGUGAAGCUAAAUAACCGAUUCGAAUUUUACAAAGAAUUGGAUCUCUCCAAAUAUUGCCAAAGUGGAGGUGAAUACAUCCUACAGGCAGUGUCAGUGCACCAAGGAAACAUGAACAGUGGCCACUACUACUCCUUUAGCUACAAACAUAAUGAAAACUUCUGGCUCAAAUGUGAUGAUGACAAAAUAUUCCGCGUGAGUGAAUACUCAGUCAUCAAUGAUAACUUCGGUGGAUAUGACAUCAACACGGAAAGGGACCUCUACGACUUUGAUAUUGCAGACAAAAUAAAACAGAGGAUGAAGCAUUACAGUGCUUAUAUGCUGGUGUAUGUUAAGAAGUCCCUCAUCCCUAAACUUAUUAAAGAGUGCGACCCGGCGGUGGUCAACCCACAGGUUGUUAAGAGAUGCAGGAUGGAAGAAAUCAUCAACAGGAGGAGGACCAAACUGAAACAGGAAAUAUUGCAAUACGUCAAAAUUAGGGUCUUCGACAAGUACUCCUAUCUGUAUAAGUCGUUUGGCGACCUCCCCCCAGUUGGCAUCCCCUCCCUCUUCAAUAUCAAAUUUGAUAGAAACAAAACCGUUUUGGAGACCUUUUGUAAAAUCUUGAAAAUCAUAAAGAAGAUCUACCUCUGCAAGAGGAGGAAGCGCGCGGAUUAUCUGCUCGGCCAGUCGAAGAAGAUCAAGGUGGGAAAGGCGGCCAGGGCGGAGAGGGCGGCGGAGAGGGAGGCGAGUCAGCGGGGCACGCACCCCAUGGGGAACCCCCCCACUUCUAUGUUGCUCAAAUCGGAGGCGCCGGCGGACGGGGGAGACCCCCACCGGCAAGCUCUCUUAGGUGAGCACUUCCACCGCGGGAGGGCUCCCAAGGAGGAGCGUGACAAAGCGGGAGCGGCUUCCAGCCGGAGCGACCGCGGAAGCAGCGAUGGAAAUGGAGGACACAACCGCUUUUCACACGCAAAAUUAACGGGGAAGAAAACGCACGAAAAUGAGUUGAAUGAGCUGAACGAGUUCUGCGAGUGGAGCGAGCGGAAUGAGUGCGUCCAGGAGAAGGGCCCCCGAGGGGACGCCUCAAAAAAGGGGGCGAGCAAGCGGGGUGUAAAGGCAGAGUGUGCUACCCCAGAAGAGGGCCCCCCCCCACAGCAGAGCUCCGCGGAGGACUCCCCAUCCACCGUGUCCUCAGUCCCUUCAUGCUGCAGCACCAAGUCGAUAGAUAAGUACAUUAAAUAUUUAUCCAAGAGGAAGAAUGAAAGGCCGAAGAGGAGAUCAUCCCACGUGAACAACUCCAGGAUGAAAAAUUUUUCCUCGUCAAACAAUUCGUCGUACUACUCCUCUUCGUAUUCAUCCCACUCAGGGGAGGACUCCUACUCCUCCGCCUCCUCCUCCUCAUCGAAUGGCUAUGUAAAGGAGAAGAAGUGUUUCUACGUGUUGCUCCCCACCAAUGAUGUGUACCGGUAUUUCCCCCUGGACAUGAAGAUCAACAGCCAGCUGUACCUCUACGAACUGCUAAAAAAAACGAACAAAGAAUCGAAUGACCUCUUCCCAACCAUAGACAUAUUGUAUCUGCCCUAUAACAAAAAAACGUCCAUUCGAAAAAACAAUUCGAACGCAAAAAAUAAAAACGUCUUGUUCUUUUUUAAAUACUUUGACAUUUACGCGGAGGAAAAGAUAGGAGAUACGGCCCUCAUCUGUCUCGACCUCAUGCACUGCGAUGUGUACCUCAAGCCCAAGGAGUUAGAGUCUAGGGUUAUCCAGAAGAUAUUGAAGGCAAUGAAAAAGGGCUACAUUACCAGCUAUAAUUAUGACCUGUGGAGGAACUACCUCAAUGAGGAGGAAGAAUACUACUACGUAGACGACCCCCUCAAUUUUAAAAUUUUCAUCGAAUAUAAAAAUAAAUGUAACUUAAUAAAAUCCAAAAAAAUUAUUGCUCACAAUAAGAUGGUUCCGGGGGACAUCCUCAUCUUUAACUUCUUAAGUAAUGCAGAAUUAGAAAAAAAGAAAAAUUUUAUUGUCCGCUUGGGCACAAGGAAGGAGGACCUUUUCCUCACCGAGGAGAACCAAGUCACCUACGAUCUCUUUUUUAAUGCUGACGUGUUGAGUAAAAUUCUGUAUAGGAAGAAAAAGCUCAUCGAAAGAAUGAAUAACUGUUGCUACAUUGUUAGCAAUAGGAAUGGCGUUUACUACAAGGUGCCCUCCUGCGCCUCCUAUUCUGGUGACUGUGCCUUCCCCGGCGUGUUUAGCAGCGGAAUCUCCAACGGGAAUGGGGACCCCACCGCGGGUGAACUCAGCCGGAGGGACCUUCUCAAUGAUGACUACUUCGUGAAUGGGGCGAAUUCUCAUCUGAGGAGGAAGAAGACGAAAAAGGAGACGGCGUCGGAAGUGGCGGCCCAGCUGGAGGCGAACGUCGAUUUUGCCGCCCCGAGUCGUGUGCAGCAGGAGAAUUACUUCGCCUACGGGGGGGAGCAAGGAGAGGAGCAAGAAGGGGAGCAAGGAGAGGAGGCAGAAGACGUCGCCGUGGGAGAGGUCGCCCCGGGAGCGGGAGGCACCCCUGGCUUGGGCCCAAUUGGCGCAAGUUUGAACUUCUACCUCCCAGUGGAGAGGGACCUGCUGCAGGGGGGCAACCCGGCGCGUCACGCGAAUGGGGCGAACGGUGCGGACCCCCCCCUGCCGGUGCCCAUAGACGAUAUGAACGACACCGCUCACGUAAAUGACGAAAACGCAAACUUCCGUUUGCUAAACGUGCCGAAGGAAAAUCUGAGCAGCCAAGAAGUGAUGAACCUCUACCUCUGCCUCAAACAGCUGAGUCCCAAAUUUGAGAAAAGCGGAAUGGCCUACGAAUACAGCUUGCUAAGCAAAAGCAUGUUGGCGCCCGUGAACGAAGCUGCCGUUAACAACAAAAAACUCAUUUUUAAAAAGAAGAAGAAGCACCCCCCGAACAUUUAUAACAAUGAGUGUGUUAAUAUUUGCAGAGAUUACCAGUACCCGUUUUACUCUCCUCCCACUUCGGAUCUCUCAACGGAUGAUGAGAAAAGAGUGCCUCAGAAGUGUAUUCAAAGGGAGGAAGUCAAAAGGAAGAAGAAAAAAAAAAAACACGACGAGGCUGCAACGGGUGCUUCCAUACACAAGUUGAAUUAUGCUGAUGGUCAAGCGAACGGAUUAGCGUUUAAGUGCACCCCGAAUGGUGCCCACGCAUUGGGAGACAAAGCGGCGGACGGGAAGAACACCGCCGCGGCGAGCAACAGUGACCUUAAAAACGAUUACGGACAUAGUAACAACCUGCGAGUGCCCAGCGUCAACUUUAAUUCUUCCAACGAAAAUAACAUUUCGAACGAUUUAAUCGCCAGGAACGACUCCGAAAUAUCGUUUUGCUCCUCGGCCAACUCGGACCUGACCUACACCUCGGACAGCACAGCCUACUACAUGUUCAACGCGGAGGAGUCCCUAGAAUCUGUGUACACGAACGAAAUAUAUGACCAUAAGAAGAAGCGAAAAAAAAAGAAGAAAAAGAAAAAAAAAAAAAAAAAAAAAAUGGAUACUUCACCGGAGAGAAGAAUCGAUAAUGAAGAGGAUCCCUUGGCUCCUCCGCAGAACAGGGGUGAAUAUAAGGGGAACUUUUUUAACGUAAAUUCGGAAGAUGAGAAAAUCGAAGCGUAUGUUGAUAUGCCCCAUCCGGGGGGAACAGCGAAAGGGGGUAAUUACCCCAGUUCGGGUGGCCGGGCAGGCCAGAACGUCAAAUGCAGGGUUAAAGCGGGAGAACCGGGUCGCACCCACGGGGGGGAUAGCAGCGGUGGAAGCAACGCAAGCAGUGGCGGUAGCAGUCAGCAGAGUGAACAUCCCAAGGGGCACCACCUCGGUGAGCACUUCGCAAAACAGGAGGACCCCCUCAGGAAAGGCGCCGACGAGGCGUCACACGUGGGAGAGCCACACGGGGAGCCAGUCAACAGAAGUGGAAGAAGUGGUAGAAGCUGUAGAAGUAGUCCAAGCAGCCGAAGCAGCCGGAGCAGCAGGGGCAGCGGCUGGAAGCAGGCGGGAGGGAAAACUUCGGACGGCAGGAUCCCCAUAAACGGCGAACACGUGAGCGAUAGCGUCUAUUCCUACCAUAAGAACAGAGGAGACGGGGGGGCACGCGAUGAGAACACCGCAGCUGGGGCAGCAAAUGGGACGUGCGAGGACACGGACAAUGACGCGGCCAGCGAGGCGCAGAUGAACGACAGGAGCAGGGCCCUGCUGCAGGAGAAUAUGAACAGCAUAAACAGUAUGAACGUGCAGGGGGAAGCGGAAAACCUACUGGAAGUGUCAACGAACGUGCGGGGCGAAGCGGACAACGUGAUGGGGGAAGCGACAAACGUGCAGGGCGAAGCGACAAACGUGCAGGGCGAAGCGACGAACAUACUGGGAGUGCCAGCCAAUGACAGCCUCAUCAGCAGCAACGCCCCCCUGGGCGGCGGCAGAGGCCAGGAGAACCGCAGAAGGAGAAAAAACAGGAGAGCCAAAAUUAUAAAAAAGUGCGGCGGAGUGAAGGACAAGGAAGAACCAAUCCUGCCCUUCUACGUCAUAUGCGACUAUCUAGAUUUUGUAGAAAGGAAAAUAUAUGUGAAAAAGUUUCGGUUUAAACUGUACGACCCGAUUUAUCAACUGGGGAAGUACCGCAAUUGCGCGGGGGUUGUUCUGAAGAAGGAUUUGAAAAAGAGUUGCCUGAAUUACAUCGACUCAAAUUUUAUAUUUUUAAAAAAGGAGUUAUGCAAAAUAGAUUUAGACAUUGACAUUAGGUGUCCAACCAAACAGAUCUUUAAGCACGUUUGCUACCGAAUGAAUGUAGAUCCAACACAUGUGUUGAUUUUCCCCUACCCUCCGUUGAAUAGCCCCAUCAAUUUUAAUCCAUACAAUAUUGAUUCGUUCACAUCUAACUCAGAUUCGGAUGGAGAGAAUUACCCGAAAAAUGGCAACUGCACGUAUGGGCCCAUGCCUUUCGAAACGCUAAUAAAACAACAUGCCAUAGCGUUAGAGCACAAUACGCUGACCGAACAGAAAACCUUUUGUUUGUCUCUCCUUCCUUUUCAUUACAAGUAUUUUACGAGACUCUACCCGGAGGAUUCCCCCAAGUAUUUCCACUACGUAGUUCACCUGUUCAACGCGAAUGUGCAGUCAGUUGCGGCAUUUACAGGGCAUAUUAAGCUCAGGAGAAGUUUCCCUAAUAAACAUAAAGGGGAGGAAAAUUACCUCCAAGAGGGGGAGGCUAACUCGAGCAGUGAAAACUCAGGUUCUUCCGCCUCGGACAGAUCCAGUAGCACCAUGGCGAACCGACACUACAUGUCCAAUAAUUACACAACUGUGCAGGAUUUAAUUGACAAAAUUAAGUUAGAAAUUAACCCCUAUUUGAAAAAGAGAGGCAUAGACGUCAGGCAAAAGUUCAGAUUGCUCUUUACCUUCGGCCCCAAAAUUAAGUACCUCAGCCAUAAUGAGCAGCUCGUUCAAAUGGAUUUCGUCAAAACGAAUCACAUCAAAAAUGUGUACGUCACCCCGCUGAGGAUGGAGCCCGAUUUUACCGACGAGCAGAAGCGUUUGAUAGAGGCGGACCAGCUGAAGAUAAUCCACGUUUUCAACCAGACCCCUUCGAAGGAAGUUUUCGGCUACAGUUUUGACGUCCUCGUGGAUCCGAAUGACAAUAUGCUGGACAUCAAAAACAGGAUAAGGAAAAGGACCCUCCUGCCAAAGUACAUUUUCGACAAAAUCACCUUCUUCGAGUUUGAGAACGGCCAGAGGAUUUGGAGGUCCAACGACGACACGAUCAACUGGAAGAACAAGCAGUUCGCGAUCAUCAUAGGAGAACACCAUGCCCCAUCCCAGUCGAAGCCCCAAAUGGGAAUGAAAAUAGCAUAA